GGUGUUGGUUUCUCAGUAUCGUACUAGACACGUUUCGCAUCGGUUGUACCAAAACGACAAUCAUCUUGAUUACACGACAAGACAAACAAUUAUUUUUAAGAACGUUAUAAUUAUCGAGAAAAAAUUUUCUCCACGGCAACUCUUACACGGCAGAGUUGAUUUUUAACGGAUUCAGCGCGACAGUAUUGAUAUUCAGAAUGGUUUCUGCCGUGCGCAUAAUAACAAUCAUUUUCGGAUUAGCCCUUUUCGUAACUUCAGGUUCUGCCUUACGAUGCUGGGUAUGUGCUUCUAAUGUAAAUACCAUGUGUAAAGAUCCGAUGAAUACUUCAGAUCAUAAUGCUGCGUUCCAUAUAAGAACUUGCGAUCCAGGUCCCUACGGCUCUUCGAAACCUAUUUGCCGCAAAAUCGUCAAACGAGAAAUGGGCGAGCGGGUUGUCAUACGUCAGUGCUCCACUCCAUAUCAUGAUGAAAUGGACAUCAUUGAUGGCCAGUGCGGCAACUCCAUGACACAGACAGGACGUGAUGUAAUUGAAUCCUGCCACAUUUGCAGCAGCGAUUUGUGCAAUUCGGGAACAAUCUCCUCCGCGACGAGACUACUUUAUAUCAUCGUAAUGAUAUUUCUUGCCUUUACUUUCCACCAGUCGAAAUAUGUUCUUUAACUUUAUAAUAAUAAUCUAUAGUUAAUAAAAAAAAGAGUGAUUCAACGCGGUAACUACAAAUACUUAAUAUAAAUCUAUAACUAAAACUAACAAACUUUCAUUGCGAAAAAACGCAUUAUUUUCCGACUUUAUAGCGAUUUAAAAAAUUGUAUGAAAAGUACAUUAAUAAGGCCAAAACAACCUUAUGUAAUUUUCUUCUGGCUCUUAAGAGCAAUAUUACCUUGCAAAAUAAAUAAUUGGAAACGAAAAA